AUAGCGUUACCUGGUGUUCUUUGUAAUGCGCUGGUGGCAGUGUUCACUCGUAGCCUACCGACACUCAACAAUUCGUUUGGACGACUAACAGCCAGCCAGGCCACUGGAGAGAUAGUCCUGUGCGCUUUGUUCGCAUUCUACUACGUGCCCAUGGUUGCCUUGGACAUUGGAGUCAUGAAGGAGUAUUCCAAUUACGUCGGUCUAAUUUUGCUGAUGUGCUAUGAUAUCUGUAUCUACUCUCACUUGAUUGUCGCUCUCAAUCGGUUGUCGGCCAUCAGCUCCCCGCUAUCUUACUCUGUGCAUUUU